AAACAACCAUUUGGGAGACAGUCUAAAAGCAGAGUUUAGAAAUUACUUACAGGCCAUUUGAAGGAGGGGAUAUAUCCUAUUUUCUGAUAGCCUAUGCUACCUCCAAGUAGGCUAUUAACGUCAGCCGAACGCUUAUCCAUUACGUUAACGUAAUUGACGAAGAUUUUCCCUAGCAAAAUGACUUCCUAAGUACUUCAGUACUUAGGUAGUCUGUAUGUAGACUCCUUACCUUGUGGUGUGUGUGUGUGUGUGUGUGUGUGUGUGUGUGUGUGUGUGUGUGUGUGUGUGUGUGUGUGUGUGUGUGUGUGUGUGUGUGUGUGUGAGUAGUGGAGGGGCGGUGCUGCCUCCGGCCCCCGUUAACGGAGAGGCUGGAUUCUGCCCCCGGGGCGGAUACGGCAGCUCAAUCUUAACAAACAGCGCAAAACAGGGGGGCGGAGGGGAGACCAGAUUACAGAACUACAGAAAACACUCACUUAAAGAGGGUGGACGACAGCUCUAAAGGUGAUUUUAAUCACGUUAUUUUUUCAUAAGGCUGCUCAGCAGGGUCUCCUCCAACUUGCAGCGCCGUCAGCUCGCGGCUUUGUGGAUAGAAGAUGCCCGGGCGAUUCUUCCCACAGAUGUUCGGCUUGGCUGUGUGUUGGGCAUUUGUAAUCCAGUCUCCGAUCUCUUCCGCCAAUAUUGCCCACCGGCGACACGUGGACACGGAUAAGAGACAGAAUUUUUUGGAGAGAAUGCUGAUUUUACUGGACGUUAAUACGCGAACCCCGGUGCGGGUUUUGAAUGACAACUUCUUAUCACUGCAAGUGGACCCAUCUAUCCUGAAGAAUGGCUGGCUCGACUUUUUAAGCUCCAAGCGGUUAGUGACUUUGGCUAGAGGACUUUCUCCAGCUUAUCUGAGGUUUGGGGGAAAGAGAACAGACUUUCUCCAGUUUCAUAACCUGAAGAAUUUAGCCAAGUUUAGAGGACCAGGACCAGACUAUUACCUCAAAAAUUAUGAGGAUGACAUAGUGCGAAGUGACAUUGCCCUGGAUAAACAAAAGGGCUGUAAGCUGGCCAGUCACCCUGAUAUGAUGCUGGAGCUGCAACGAGACAAAGCAGCUCAGAUACAGCAAGUCCUCCUGAAGGAGCAGCUCUCCAACCACUACAGUGAUGUCACGAUAACAGCCAGGUCUUUAGACAAACUGUACAAUUUUGCUGACUGCGCCGGCCUGCACCUGAUCUUUGGGCUUAAUGCCCUCCAUCGGAAUCCUGACAACUCAUGGAAUGCCUCUAGUGCAUUAAGUUUGUUAAAGUACAGCGCUGGCAAGAAGUAUAACAUAUCCUGGGAGCUGGGCAAUGAGCCCAACAGUUAUCGCUCCAUGGUAGCUCGUUCAGUCAAUAGCAGUCGACUGGCUCAGGACUACAUUAUGCUGAAGACAUUGCUGCAGUCUGUUCGCUACUACAGCCGGGCCAAUCUCUACGGUCCCAACAUUGGCCGUCCACGCAAAAAUGCAAUCCUGCUAUUGGACGGGUUCAUGAAGAACGGUGGUUCUGUUGUUGAUGCAGUUACGUGGCAACAUUUUUACAUUGAUCGGCGUGUGACUAAAGUGGAGGACUUUUUGAAGACACGCCUUCUGGACACACUGACAGACCAGAUCAACAAGGUGUUAAAGAUUGUGAAGAUGCAUGCUCCUGAGAAGAGGGUGUGGUUGGGAGGAGUUGGUCCUGCGUGGGCUGGAGGCAUCAACAAUUUGUCAGACACAUUUGCAGCUGGACUAUUGUGGCUAAACACUCUUGGCAUUUCUGCAAUGCAAGGAAUUGAUGUAGUACUUCGACACUCUUUUUUCGACUAUGGUUACAGCCAUCUAGUGGAUCAGCAAUUCAAUCCUCUACCUGAUUACUGGCUGUCUCUGCUCUUUAAGCGUUUGGUGGGUCCCAGAGUGCUGGCAGUGCAAGUUGCUGGGCUCCAAAGGAAGCCGCGUCCAGGGAAAGUGAUCCGAGACAAGUUACGCAUCUAUGCACACUGCACAAGUUUUACCAAUCAUAAUUAUGUCAGAGGCUCCAUAACAAUCUACAUCAUCAACUUGCAUCGAUCAAGAAAGAAAAUAAAGCUGGCUGGGACAUUACGGAAUAAAACAGUUCACCAAUAUCUGUUACAACCCUUUGGAGCUGAUGGCCUUCACUCAAAGUCUGUGCAGCUGAAUGGAGAACAUUUGGACAUGUUUGACAGUGACACUUUCCCUGAGCUGAAACCACGGACACUUCGAGCAGGUCGAACAAUACUCAUGCCCCCAGUUUCCAUUGGCUUUUACGUCAUCAAGAAUAUCAAUGCAAUUGCCUGUCGCAGAUAAUACAACAUUCAGAUGCUCUUUCAACUGAAAAUGAACUGCCCUUCAUGUAAGCAAGGGUUGCACUGAAUCCCUUUUGAAAAUAACCCUUCUCUUCACUUUACAAGAGCAACACUGUUUCUGAUUUUUCUCCUGCAUUUUUUCUUCCUCCAGCUGUCACUUUGGUUCGUAGAAUUUCUUGUAUUUUGAGGGAUAUCAAGAAGACUGUAAUCAAAAACAUACAUGUCCGUAAUCCACCCAGUGCUUUGGUUUUGUUUGGUCUAAAUGUCUUAUUGUUAUUGGAAUGCUGGUCAUCCUUGAGGAUAAUCUAAUAAUAACUAAUAUUACAUAAAAUGUAAACAAAAUAAUACAAUUUUAGAAUACAAGUUGUAAUAUCAGAUGUUCUAUGCUGUAGUAGAAAACAUGACAGUUCACUCCAUGUAAUGAAAACUCAUCCAUGGGAAAAUCUACUUUUUGUCACUACACCAUAAAAAAAUCUUGGUAUGCUACAAAACCUUAAGGUGUAGAUUAGUGUAAUCAUAAAAAGUUUAUUCUUUUAUUCAGUCUGAUUAUUCCAGUUAUUUGCUAUCAGUUCAGAGUAAUUAUCAUUUUCUUUCAAAUUGUUAACUGGACAUAGAGCCUGAACAACAAAUGUGACAAAAGUAACUGUAUUCAAUGUCUGUUUAGCUCAGGAAAUGAGUAACAAUCUUUUCUCAUUUUUAUUUAGUCCGCUUAUUGCUUUCCUCCCUUCAUACUGUACAUUAUUGGUUCUAUACCUGUGCAUGUUAUUCAAACAGACACACCCAUUGUACAUUACCAUAACACUGUAUGCCUUUUUCAUCUUUUUUCUUCAAUCUCAGGCUCGAUAAAAAACUCUUUCCGAACUGUACCCAGCACUACCUUAUAGAGUAUAUUGUGUAAACAAUUGUACAGUCGAUCCCUUGUGCUGCUAGAUGUUUGGUGAAUAUUAAGCUUGAUGAGUAACAAUGUAUUUUUAACAGAUAUGAGCAGAAUUGUUCUGUGUACAUAUGUUUUUCAUAGAUGUUUCGGUGUGUGCUGUUUCUUUACAUAUAUUAUUUAUAGAAAUAUAUAUUUGUAUAUAUUUUAACCUGAUAAGGAGGAAAAUCAAAUAUUUUAGUUCAAUAAAUUGUUUAUCAUUUAUUUCACUUAUUUUGUUUUGUCAUAUGAGAUUCCUUAACAAGCAGGGGCUUCUGUUUAGACAAGAAAUACAAUUUUUGUAAUGAAUGCUAAGAUAAUUUGUAAUAAUUAUCUUUUUAUAUAAUUAUCAAAAAUACUUGUCAUUUCAAUCCUGGCUGCAAAGAGUUUUGUUUCUAGUUUAUAAUGAGUCACAAGUUAAAUGGAAUGAAUCCAUGUUUGAAAGUAAUCUUUCAAAUAUAUUUGUUAGGCAUAUGAAGUGUUUUUAUUUGAUAAUAAUGUCCAGUCAUGUUUAUGUUGGUGUUGAAAUAAGCAUUGUGAUAAGCACUCUGUUGAUACAUAGCAAAACAAUAACACAGCAUGGUUCACUAUUAAGGGUUUGUCUGAAGUCAAAGUCAGUGCUUGAAGUUAUAAAAUAGAACCUUCUUUCUUUUAUGAAUAAGUUUACUGAUUAAAUGGGGUUGUUAAUAUUUAAUUUUUUUUUGCCAAAUCAGUGUUUUAUUGUAUAAAAUGUCUGUGUUUGAACAUUAUUUGACUAAAUAUAUUUACAGUAAUAAAAUAAUAAUUUAAAAUGUACGUUUUAUUGCAGUUGAACUAAAUUACAGUUUCAAUUUUUUUUUAUUAUUAAUGCAUAUCAGCAGUAUUUAGUCAGUGGGUUAUUGGACAGUGUUUAUGAGAAUUUAUUCAGAGCUUAUUCAAUGUUUGUGUUUUUUAUAUACAGUAUAUAGUGUUUAGCGGUGUUUAAUUAGGCAGGGAGAUUUUAGUCAUUGUUUAGGCCAUGAGUUUCUAGGCAGUAUAUUUGAGCUGAGAUUUUAGACAUUGUUUAGGCGGUGAGUAUUAAGUCAUUUUUUAGGUAGUGAAAUUUUCACCAGUGUUUAGGUGCUGAGUUUCUAAGCUGUGCUUGUGCUCUGAACCAUUGUGCUUCCUGUGCA